GCUGUGGAUUAGUUUUCAAUGAGACUAAGGUCCUUCCAGCGGUAUUAUUACGAUUACUAAUAAAACAAACUUUUAUUUUGGAAGGGUCUUGCGGAAACCGGAACGACCAUCAUGACAGACUUGACGGUUAUGUGCCCGGACAGGUGGGAGCUCCGGUUGAACGAGUCGCUGUUGUUCUCAAUUGAAAGAUAGCAGAGCCGGAGAAACACUUGAAAUUUACAUGAAAAUAAAAACAUGAAGACGUCACGCUAAAUUCCGUCAUUAUCUGUUCAGUGAAAGUAAUAAUUAUGACGGCUUUUUGGGGAAAACUGUCCGACCGAGCUGAGAGAAAUACAACAGAAACUGCGCAGUCAUAGUUUAAUGGGAGCGGUGACCUGAGCAGAUAUGGCAGCUGACGACAAGGUUGCCAUCCUGACAGAUGACGAGGAGGAGCAAAAGAGGAAGUACGUCCUGGCCGAGCCGUUCAACACCCUGUCGGUGGAAGGUCAAGCAGGUGUCGCUGCGACACCGGCGCUCGGCUCAGAUUUACCACCUGAACAGCCGCCAGCCUCGAACUCCAGCUCCGUAGACUGCUGCGAGAGGAUGUGCCUUCGCAUCAACAGGCACCUCCUGGUCUCCAAAGUCUUCUACUUCUUCUACUACGCCGCCUAUGGCUCACUGCACCCUCUGCUGGCCGUGUACUACAAGCAGCUCGGCUUGUCCGCCAGCCGCAGCGGGCUCCUCGUCGGCAUCCGCUACUUCAUUGAGUUCUGCAGCGCCCCCUUCUGGGGUGUGGUGGCGGACCGCUUCAAGAAGGGUAAAGCUGUGUUGCUGUUUUCUGUCUUCUGCUGGUUGGUGUUCAAUUGCAGCAUCAACUUUGUCAAACCUGCUGAGAUGAAGUGUGAGGAAAAAGGUGCUGCUGCGACGACGACGACGGUGGCGCCUGUGAUGACGACUCUCCCGCACGGUAACGCCACGGAGUUGAACAACUCCACCAGCCGCACCAGAAGUCGUCGGAGUUUUCUAGAUGUCACUGGUCUCCCUGAACUCUUGGACACUUAUUUCAGUGAGCUCCACAGACACGUGCGGAGCGUAGAAGCCAGCGCGAGUCCUGUGAUGCGGGUUAACACCACUGAGCUGCUGCCAAACACCACUCUGUCCACCACGACCACUACCUCCCCUGCUCCAAGCAAAGCCAAGGAGUACCAGAUCAUCUACAACAAGGACCAGGUGGAGACCAUCUUCCUGCUCAUCCUGCUCAUCAUCAUUGUGGGCGAGUUCUUCAGCACUCCUGCCGUCACCAUCGUGGACACCGUGACCCUGCACUACCUGGGUAAAGCUCGCGACCGUUAUGGCCUGCAGAGGAUGUGGGGCUCGCUGGGCUGGGGUCUGGCCAUGCUGCUGGUGGGCAUCUGGAUCGACCACACACACAUCAAGGUCACGAUCGACGGAGUGGGCUGCAUUGUCCCCGACUUCCGCAUCCACAACUACCAGAUUGCCUUCAUUGUGUUUGGUGUGCUGGUGGGUGUGGCGUUCAUCGUUGCCACUCAGUUUUACUUUGAAAAAGGUGCCAGCUACAGACAGGAGCUUCCAGAGGAGGUGGUGGCGGAGGCAGACAGCCCGAGAGCAUUACCUGAGUCCAGCUCCUCGGAUCAGGAUCCCAUCUGCCCUGACACAGCUGACGAGUUCCACUACAGCGAUCUGCUGAAGCUGCUCUGCACCGUGCGCUACGGCUCCAUCCUGUUCGUCGCCUGGUUCAUGGGCUUCGGCUACGGCUUCGUCUUCACCUUCCUGUACUGGCACUUAGAGGACCUGAAAGGGACCACCACGCUGUUCGGGGUCUGCUCCAUCCUGAGCCACGUCUCAGAGCUUGCCGCCUACUUCACCAGCCACAAAUUCAUCGAGCUGGUCGGACACGUCAGGGUGCUGUACAUCGGCCUGGCCUGCAACACGGCUCGCUACCUGUACAUCUCCUACCUACAGAACGCCUGGACCGUCCUGCCCAUGGAGGUCCUUCAAGGUGUGACCCACGCCUCGGUUUGGGCAGCCUGUAUCUCCUACCUGAGUGCGGCCGUCCCGCCCGCCCUGAGGACGUCGGCGCAGGGCAUCCUGCAGGGCCUGCACCUGGGCCUGGGCCGCGGCUGUGGGGCCAUGGUGGGAGGAGUGUUCGUCAGCUACUUUGGUGCUGCGGAGACGUUCAGAGGAAUCGGCAUGGCCUCCCUCGUCAUCCUCCUCAUCUUCUCCUUCAUCCAGUGUCUCACCGGGGGGACUGAGGGAAAAGAGGACAAAAUCCUGGCUGAGAACAUCCCGGUCCCCUCCAGCCCGGUUCCCAUCGCCACCAUUGACCUGGUGCAGAAUCCGAGCGCCAUCGGGAGCCCCGCCCCGCCCCGAAAGGCCACCGUGGUGCCAGUCAAGAAGACCAAACACCAAGAGGAUCAGGAGGACGUGAACAGCCCAGCCUGGUUGCUCUCUGGCGCCCCCUGGGUCACCAUCGCCUUCGCCAUUAUGCAGAUCAGGGAGAGGAUGAACAUGGCGAAGGACGGCAGACCGCCCCCAGACAAUCAACCACUGCAGAUGCAUCGACAUCUGCGGCCUCCAGCAGAUGCUGCCGUCAGGCGGCGGGAACAGACUGCGUCUGUGAUGAAGUUUCGGGCCCAAAAGUUUCCACAGCUCCCUCGGUGCAUGAACGCCAGCGUGAAACCCACACCACAGAACACUGCAGGCGAACACCUCCACACCGAGCCCACAGCAGCAGCCGCCUCCCCAGCAUGGCUGCCUGGACUUCAAAGGAGGAAAGACUGGCGUGAUACCAGAGUCAUACUGCAGCGCACUCCACAAGGUAUGGCGGCGGUGUUGCCGAGAACCCUGGGUGAGCUGCAGCUCUACCGGAUCCUGCAGCGGGCAAACCUGCUCUACUACUAUGAGGCCUUCAUCCAGCAGGGCGGCGACGACGUGCAGCAGCUGUGCGAGGCCGGCGAGGAGGAGUUCCUGGAGAUCAUGGCCCUCGUCGGCAUGGCCAGCAAGCCGCUGCACGUCCGCCGCCUGCAGAAGGCGCUGCGGGACUGGGUCACCAACCCGGCCAUCUUCAACCAGCCGCUCACGUCGCUGCCUGUCUGCAGCAUCCCCGUCUACAAGCUGCCCGAGGGCUCGCCCACGCUGCUCAGCGGACAGGACCGUGCCAGCACCGCCAGCGUCAAGAUGCCCAAAGCCAUCGCCGCCGCCUGCUCGGACCCCGGAAAGCUGGAUGUGGCGCGGGACAAAGUGUCAGCCGGGUCACCCCUGCAGGGCAGCAGCGAGGCUCGAUUCUGGUCGGGCCACAGCAACGACAGCGAGCACAGCCUGUCGCCGUCAGACCUGGGCUCCCCGUCCUCGCCGAGGGACGCGUUGGAGGCUCUGGACGCUGCGGCGGUCCAGUCAGUCCUGGAGUGCGUGGACAGGAUGGCGCCUGGACUUCCUAAGACAGACCUAGCCGAGGUCAAGGAGCAGCUGAAGAACAACAAGAAACUGGCAAAGAUGAUCGGACACAUCUUUGAAAUGAGCGACGAGGACCCACGGAGGGAAGAGGAGAUCCGUAAAUACAGCGCCAUCUAUGGACGCUUUGACUCCAAGAGGAGGGAUGGCAAACACCUGACGCUGCACGAGCUGACGGUGAACGAGGCGGCGGCUCAGCUCUGCAUGAGAGACAUGGCUCUGCUGACGCGUCGAGACGAGCUGUUCGGUCUCGCCCGGCAGAUUUCCAGAGAGGUCACCUACAAAUACACCUACCGCACCAGCAAGUCUCGCUGUGGAGACAGAGACGAGCCGUCCCCGAAGAGGAUUAAAACGGAGGAGAACUUCUUCGACAUCCAGGAGGCGCUGCAGGCCAUCCACAUGAGGCAGGAGAUGCUGAGGGAGCAGCUGGCCUGCGCCAAGUCCAAAGGAGAAGAAACCGUCGGACGAAAUCUGCAGAUGCAGCUGGAGCGUCUGCUGGCCAGGCAGAUGGAGAUCCUGCAGGACGCCGCCGUGCAGGAGCGACUCCAGGCCCUGGACUGGAGGAUCCCCCCCGCCGCCUUAAAGUACCUCAACGACGCCCAGAACACCAACGGAGCCGCCGCCGACGCCAGCAGAGACAACCAGGAUGAGCGGCCAAUCAACUUGCGGGUGGUCAGUCAGAGCAUGCAGGAAGGCGACCUCCCACUGGGCAAGCAGCUAGCCAACGAACUGAAGCGGCAUCACAACCACAACAACCACCACAGCAACAACAACAACAACAACAACAACAAAGACUCAGACGAGACCAAAACACCAGCAGCAGAAAACGGGACGUCGCAGCGAGCGUCCGGCAACACGGAGAAGAAGACCAUCAAGUCAGAGCCGGAAGACUCGACAUAGUGCCUCCCGCCUCGCCCUCCCCGCCCUCACUUCAUUGUACUCACACUUGACAGUAUGCAGUUAUUACCCGUCAAUAGAUACUAAGCAAGCACAGCCACAGUAGAGCCUUAACAACCAAUGUUGCCUCAUGAAUAGCAUUUAUUUUUCUUUGAUUUUGUCUUUUUGUUUCGUUUCUGUUUUGUUCAAAAGGUAUUCUGCCAAAGCACCGGGAGAGCCCGUCUUCAGUGCUCUUCAGGUCUUUGUCUGUUGAUUAACUGUAAUCUAAGAGUGAUCCGUUUCCGUACUCGUUUACCUCUGCCUGGGUGGUGUUUGUGUCGCGGGCUGUGAUGCCAGGGCUGAGUCUUAACUCAAACGCGGAUUCAGGGAUGAACCGGAAGCAGAAAUGCGGCGGGUUCGGCAUCUCGGCAACACUUGAUGUGGCAGCCAGCGUUUGCUUCACAAACUGGGACCUUAAAAUCCAAGCUGCAGCUCAUAUUUGGUCUAAAAUUUCAAAUUCCAGAGUGUUUCGGGUGUUUCGCGUUUCUCUCUCAGAUGUUUGGCGACACUGGCGGUGGCGCUCUCGUGGCGUGUUCUCCCUCCAGGCAGCAGGUAACGCAUACUGUACCUAAACGCCUGGCAGGUAAACUCUGAACUCUGCCACCGCCGCCAGACGCGCGAAUCCUCAAGACUCUGGUGAUUAGAUGUUGUUUGAUUUAGCGCCACCUGCAGGUCAGACCAGACUAGACUUUGGUUAAGCUAAUGACCAUCGGCCACAGCUGUACAUCUCGCAUGGUGCUAACUAAGCUAAGAUGGUGACCGUGGCAAGCACUACUUGCUAAACGGAGACAUUUAGCUUGACGGAUACUAAAGGCAGACAUGCAAAGUGUCACCUGAACUGAGAUUCAUGUGGAGGAGCAUGAGUGUCCGCAGGCCGCCGUGGCUGGCGUCCACCAGCCGCCAAUCGAUUUCCAUCCCGUUACCAGGCAACUCGAACUCCUGGCCGGAUGAGGAAGAUGUUCAGACGUACCAGCAAAAGCCAAAGAUUUCGCAGCAUUUAGCUGGUGGCUGAUUGUCGUUCCCCUGGCCGUCCCUCCAGGGUCCUCUGAGCCUUCGUGGUCAUCCUCCCAACUCUAACCGAGGUGUCUGCAUUUGUACUGUAACUCCAGACAAGGGUGUAAAAGUACUGUAGGGAGGUUGAGUUGGGAUUCAGCCCCCGUGGCAGGCUAGUUUUUCUUUUUUUAAGUCGCUCACUUCAAACGGGAAACACAGGAGAGGAGAGGUGGGGUCAGCCCCUCCGUCCUCGCUCUUGUCUUGUGUAUAUUUAUGGGAGGUGAUAUAAGAAGAGGAUGUACAGGAGCUGUUGUGGAGUAACAGCAGGGGGCCUGUCAUUUGUCUUGGCAGGAUGGCAGGGCUGGCGUGCCGGAGGCCGAGCUAAUUGGUUCAUUUCACUUUGUAAUUUAGCAAAACACUGCUGUUGAACCGAAACCACGCAUCUGCAGACGAGGAGUAUUUCAGGAAUAAAAGCCUGCCGAUUUUCUUUUCUCUUUUUUAGAAACGACCCAACGAGCUCUCAGCAGGCCCCACAGGUCGUUAAAUCCACUCCACGUGUAAACCCAACCGGAGACACAAUCAAAUAUUAAAGAUUGCAGCUGAUGUGGUUUUUCGGCAGCAGCAGCAAAAAAUAAAAAAUAAAAAAUAAAAAAAAAAUAAGCAAAAGUCCUGUUUAUUGCUGCUGUUGGCGGCCGAGCAGCCCGGGGUCUGUAAAUAGUACCAAGAUAACAACCAGGGGUUUCCUUUGUCACGUGUAACUUUGCUGUAGAUUUUUGGUGUCAAUACAGUGUUUAUGUAUGUAGAGCAACAGCAGCAACAAGACAAAACAAAAAAUAAAACAAACAAAAAAAAAAUACUUAAGUGUCAUUGAGGAAAAAAUCCAACAGUGUGUCUGGUGUAUAAAAACCUGCUUUACAUGAUGAUGAUGACGAUGAUGACGAUGAUGAUGAUGUUGAUUAGCCUUAGCUCUUAACACGUGUUUAACCCACCUGUGAUGGCCGUCAGUGCAUAUUUCAGAGAUGUUGUUUUGCUGUUUUAGAGGUAAAUACAUAACGAUUAAGUGUUCACUGUGUUUCUAUGUGGUUGCCACGCUGUGUAAAUAUGUCCGUUUGGUCCAAAAUGGUAAUAACGUCCGGACACUUUGGUCUCACUCCUGUCCCCCCUCCACCCCUCCACUCCCUGCGGAUAGUUUAGUCUCACUGGGCGUAACGACAGACCAAUGCAAUAUUUAUGUCAGUAAUAAGUGUGCUCACCUGUGGGUCCGUCUCUUCGUCCUGUGCUCAGCACCUGUAAGCCCGUCAGCGGGUUCGGGGUGGGGGAACAUCUGUGUUUGUGUUCUUCCAUCCGGUUUGUGUUGUGUCGAGCAGCCUGGAAAGACGGACAGGAAACAGAAGAUGUGGUCUGCUGAGGCCGGACGAGCCGCUGCAGAGAAAAGCGCAUGUGUGACCUCGCGUCUCACCGAUCACUGUUCUCCUCACUGUUUAUUGUAAAGUGAUAGAUUAGGCUUCACCUAGUUAUGCACCUGUUUUUUAAACACUAAUAUAUUUUAUUUGUUAUACAGCACAUAAACAUUAAACUUUAUUUUUUUGAACUCUA